AUGCCGUAUUAUUAUAAUUAUUGGUACAGAGAAUAUCUUGACCAAUAUUAUAGGGCACAGCGGCUAGAGCAAGAGAAGUCCAGACUGUACAACGAGAAGCGUCAACUGGAGAGGCAACUGGCGGAGAAGACGAGGGAUGCUCAGAUGUCCUCGACCCAGGUCUUCACACUGGGGCACAAGGUGCGAGAGCUGGAGCGCCAAAACACCGGACUGUCCGGUGAACUGGCCAAGCAAAGGGAGGACACCCGGAAGGCAGGCCUGCUGUUCAUGAAUGCUGCCGAUAGGUACCAAGAGGAAGCCAAGAAGCAAAUUAGGGCAAAGGUAGAGGAAUUGGCGAACACGAGGAAGGCAGGCCUGAUGCUAAUGGACACCGCCGAUACUUACCAAGCAGCGGCAAGGAAGCAAAUUAAGGAGAAGGCAGAGGAGCUGGAGGACGCAAGGAAGGCGGUUCUGGCGCUCAUGAAAGCAGCCGAUGCGUACCAACAAGAAGCGAAGAAGCAAAUCAGGGACAAGGUGGAGGAGUUGAAGGUUAUGGGGGCCCAGAAGGCGGAGCUGGAUGCAAGGGUAGAAUCUUUGGAGUCGAGCCUCAAGGCAGCUCUGGCAAAGAACCUGGAGUUGGAGGAUGAUUAUGGUAAGGUGAAGGCUGAAAAUGAUAAGCUUCGGUUGGAGGUUGAGAGGUUCAUGAUGGAAUUAGGUGCAUUGGCGGAGGAGAAAGAUGCAGCUGCAAAGGCAUUUGAUGCUGAGAAGGAAGAAAUCUUGACGGAAUUGGAGCACCUUAAGAUGAAGGUGGAGGUAACUCAAGCCAACAAGGAUUUGAUGGAGGGUGAAAAUGAUAAGCUUCAGUUGGACGCUUUCACAGGAAUAUAG